AUGCGUGUCACUGCCAUCCUUCCCUUUCUGGCGCUCGCCUUCCACCCGCUCACGGCGUUCGCCCAAGGAGGUGCCGUAGGCGAUAUCGCAGAGGAAGUUGAGGCAACACUUGGGCUCAGAGCAGAAUCGAGCUGCGACCCCGACGAUCUGUACUGCUGCAUCUACGACGGCCCUGGCACCGAUUAUUAUACCAAGGUGCAGGAAUACACCGACCCGGGCGCUGGCGUCGGAUCCAACUGUGACCUCCCUGAUGAGGAAACGGGCCAAUGCAACUCCAAGGCACGCACACUUGUCUGCUGUCCGGACAGCUUUGGGCAAGACAAAAUUGAUUGCACGCAGCAGUGA